UCACACCCGCACACGCACCGCCCGGCCCCGCACGCCGCUCCCAGCCCGGCCCGGCGGCCGAGCAGCCCGGCAUGGAGUACUUCAUGGUGCCCGCCCCGAAGAUGCCCUCCCUGCAGCACUUCAGGAAAUCCGAGAAGGAGGUCAUCGGCGGGCUCUGCAGCUUGGCCAACAUCCCGUUGACUCCGGAGACCCAGCGGGACCAGGAGCGGCGGAUACGCAGGGAGAUCGCCAACAGCAACGAGCGAAGGCGGAUGCAGAGCAUCAACGCUGGUUUCCAGUCGCUGAAAACCCUCAUCCCGCACACGGACGGGGAGAAGCUCAGCAAGGCGGCCAUCCUCCAGCAGACGGCGGAGUACAUCUUCUCCCUGGAGCAGGAGAAGACCCGGCUACUGCAGCAGAACACCCAGCUCAAGCGGUUCAUCCAGGAGUUCAGCGGCUCCUCCCCGAAGCGGCGACGGGCGGAGGACAAAGAUGAGGGCAUCGGCUCACCGGACAUUUGGGAGGACGAGAAGGCCGAGGACCUGCGGCGGGAGAUGAUCGAACUCCGGCAGCAGCUGGACAAGGAGCGCUCGGUCCGCAUGAUGCUGGAGGAGCAGGUUCGCUCUCUGGAGGCCCACAUGUACCCCGAGAAGCUGAAGGUGAUUGCUCAGCAAGUGCAGCUCCAGCAGCAGCAGGAGCAGGUGAGGUUGCUGCACCAGGAGAAGCUAGAGCGCGAGCAGCAGAUCCGAACCCAGCUCCUGCCAGCACACGGUCCCCCAGCGCCCACCCACCACCCCACUGUGAUUGUACCAGCACCACCUCCCUCCCAUCACGUCACCGUGGUCACCAUGGGCCCGUCCUCGGUCAUCAACACAGUCUCUACGUCCCGGCAAAACCUGGACACCAUCGUUCAGGCGAUCCAGCACAUCGAGGGGACGCAGGAGAAGCAGCUGCAGGAAGAGGAGCAGCGGCGUGCCGUUAUCGUGACGCCUGCGCGCGCCUGCCCCGAGCCCUCCGCCUCCGACACCGCCUCCGACACGGAGGGCAACGACAGUGACUCCAUGGACCAGAGCAAAGAAGACCCCUCGGGGGAAGGGGAACUGCCCUGACACCCCCCGGCCAGCAGCCGGGGUGGGGAGCGGGGGGUCGGGCAGACUCCAAGCGACGCGGUUGCAGACACAGCACCGGUUCUCCCAGAGGGACGGGGACCCCGGCUCGGGGUGCGCCCGCCCUGCCGCGGCUCCCAGUCCCCACGAGCAUCCUGCACCGUGCCGGGGCGAGGAUUCCCACCCACCCUGAGAGCAAACACCAGCGGGAUGCGGCUCAUCAGAGCAUGGGCUGCCCGGCACGCCCAGCCCCGGCCCCGCCGCGGGGAUGGGGUUUUGGGGGUCCAUUUUUGGUGCCGGCCCUGUGGGGCUCCCCUUCCCUCUCCCCUCCCUCCUUUAAGCACUUAAUCCGGUUUGCGGGGUUCGUCAGGUGAGAAGAGCUUUUCUGUUUCGUGGUUGUGUCGCUUCUGUUUUUCAUUGUGGGCGGGGGGGCCCCACUUUUGUCCCGUCUCUGCCCCCUGCCUCUGCCCCCCCUCACCCCCCCGUUUGGCUGUAGGGUUUUAGGCCAGUCGUGUGUAGAGCCUUGUUGGUAUUUGGUAGGUUCCUCCCCAACCACAGCUGUUUCUCUCUCGGUUUCUUUCAUUUUUUUGUAUUUUUUUUUACGAUUUUCAGGUCUUUGUGUUCAUUGAGAAGCUAUUAUAUUUUGUUAAGAAAGUGAAAAAAAAAAGAGGCUUGUGC